CAUUUAUGUAGUCAUAAGUGGGUGGUGCCACGCCCAUUUAACCAAAAUCAAAAAUCUUGUGUCUUGUUAAGUGAUCGUUGUAAGUUGGCGUCUUUAGUCUUUAGUUAUUGAAAAAUCUGAGUUUUCUGAAAUUUACCGUUAUAUCGUAAGUGGCAGUAAUUUUAGUCCGAUAUCAGAAAUUUUCAGCAUAUUGCUUUUUUGUGCCAAGGUUGAUAAAUGCGCCGAGUUUGGUAGAAAUUGAUAAACCGGUUACCGAUAACACACAUAUGUAGGCGUAACAGGGCGGUGCCACGCCCAUUUUCAAAUAAAUUUCCUAAGUAUCAUUUCUUGCUAAGAGGUCAUGGCAUAUAUUGAUUUUGAGCAAAUUAGCUUAAAUAGUUACUAGUUUAUCGCACUCUUCGUAUUUCUGUAAAUUGCGGUUAUAUUGGAGGUGGGCGUGGUUCUUGUCUGAUUUCAAAAAUUUUCAACGGGUUUCUUAGUCAAGCCCUAAGUAAUGUUCGCACCGAGUUUGGUGGGACAUCAAUAGGGGCUCGGCAAAUUCAGUAAUAAGUAAAAAUUGUUAUCUUAGGUCAAUACAUAAACAGUGUGCGAGAUUAUUAAUUAUAAAAAUACAAAAAAAAAAAUAUUCUUUUCGUAAGAGAUUUGUAAACAAAUUAGUUAAGCAGGAAAAAGAUUAACAAUCAACUCGCAUGUCAAACGUAAAAUGUACGUAAAUUGAUUUUUAAUGCGCUUACUCGCACUAAUUAGCAAAACUUUUACCAAUAGCUAUAUAAAUAUGGGGCGACGAAAUGAGUUAGAAUACACACUUCACAUUCUACAAUUAUCACUGGGAUACAUGGAUAUGAGGAAAGUUGCACUACUUCCAAUCCUAUUCAUCCUUUCAGUGGGCGUGACAACAAAUGCUGCUCCAGGCAAUAGCAGUGUCGCCGGUAGCUUGCUCGAGGUACCACAAAGUCGCAUUUAUGGCGGGCAGAAUGCUGCCGAAGGACAAUUCCCCUACCACGUGUUAGUAUUACGGCACGCUGAUGGAUACAUCGCCAUCUGCGGGGGUGCGAUCAUCUCGCGAAAUUAUGUUGCCUCAACGGCAUCCUGUAUACAGGUUGAUUCCAACACAUCCUACUCAAUACGUGCGGGUACCGUAAAAUUCAACUCGGGCGGCGUAGAAGUUCAAGUAGCUGAGGUGAAAAUACAUCCUGAGUAUAGCUCAUUUAAUAACGAUAUAGCUUUACUAAGACUCAGCAGUCCACUAGAUUUCAACGAUAACAUAAAACCGAUACUACUUGGUAGUACUGAGGUUCCUGAAGGCUCAUCCGUCACUAUAACCGGCUGGGGUGUAGUGUCGAGUGGUGGAUUGGCCGAUGUAUUGCAGUAUAAUACAGAGCAAGCGCUAAGUCACGAUAACUGUGUUAAGCGUAUUGGCAAAUUGGCUGAUUCAAUGAGAUGUUUCGCCAAGAGUACUGGUAAUGGUAUUUGUGAUGGCGAUUUUGGCAGUCCAGCAGCUUACAAUGGGGUACUAGUUGGUCUAGCAACUUUCACCAUUAACGAUUGUGGAAACGAUAUACCAAAUGGAUUUGCCAACGUUGUUUUUGCAAGAGAUUGGAUUCGGGCGAAUUCUGAUGUUGAUUGUACUUGUUUUGCUUAAAAUAAAUAUAUAGAUACUUCAAAUUAAAAAAGCACUACC